UUUCCACAAUACUGCUAGUAAAUGCUGGAUUGCCACGUACGACAAGGUGAUGGCUGUAUGCUUACAUGAACAAAUGUGUAUUUAUUAAGAUAUAUCUAGGAAAUAUAAAUACAAGUGUCAACUAUGUUUGGCGAAGAGCGGUUACAUUCAAAGGAGGCUGCGCUGAAGCGUUUGUUGUGAUUGGUUGCGGUACGUCGAGAUUUCACGUGAGUACCAAUGGCGAUGUAGAAUCAGAAGGAGAAUGAUGACGCUUACUUUGAAAUUGUAUCUGUGAUUAUUCAAGUUAAUUUAUAGAAAAUGUAUAUUGGAAACCUGAAACAAAGCGAUGAGUUCCAUUCUCUUGUUUUACACACAAUUAGAGACUUUGGAAUUAAGCAUAGACACAAGAAGAAUCAUUUUUCCAAAAGUAUUCAGGAUACCAGGCACACUCCCAAAGGCUCCAAAGUUUUUAGAAGACCUCUGUGUGCCUUAAAAACUCAAAAUGUAACAUUAAAAUCUGGAACAGCAGUCGAGAUUCCUUCGUUUGUUGUUGAAGCAUGCUGUCAUAUUAAACACCAUUGUAAUGUAGAAGGCAUUUUCCGCAAAGCUGGUUCUGCAGCUCGCCUUCGUGAGAUAAAGGCAAUUAUUGAUGGUGGGAAACGUUUGGAAUCACAGCAUCAUGUGAUUGAUGUUUCAAAUAUCUUGAAACUCUUCUUCAGAGAAUUACCAGAACCUCUUUUACCAUUUUCAUUUCAUGAUCUAUUAUUGAGGUGCCUGUUGGUGAAAGAUAAAGCCACUGAAGCAAUUUUAUUGACAUGUCUUCUCUUCCCAUCUGUUCACUUAAAUACGUUAGUUUAUUUAAUGGAGUUCUUCAGAGAAGUGGCGAACAAUGAGGAAUCAAAUAAAAUGGGUAUUACAAAUUUAGCCAUUAUCAUUACACCAUCAUUGAUGCCUGUGGAAGAGAAAAUUAUGAAUAAUGGUACCAGAUUAGGUCAUCAUGUGAGAGUUAUUGAGAUUUUACUCCAUAACACUGAGAAAAUUGGUUUUCUACCAGAAUUUCUCAUUGAAAAAGCACUGAACAGUGGCUGUGUUGUAUCCACCAGUGAGGAAAUGGACUAUAGUGAAAAUGAUGAAAAUAAAGUGAAGAAAAAGAAGAAGAGGAGAAGUGGAUCUCUAACAAGAAUGAUCAAUGGCUUAAAGAAGAUAGUGGGAAAAGGUUCUCCUGAUGUGAAUGUCUGUCCAGUUGUAUCAACUCCGGAUUUCUCAUCACCAUGUGUCAAAUCUACUAAAAAGCGCAAGUUACAAGAAUCAUCAGGAGCCUUUUCAAGUAAAAAAAAACGAGAUAUUUUGCGGUCACUGCCACAAAGUGUCACCCUUGCUAAUGCACCCUGCACGCCUUUGCCUGCAACUAUUGGAGAAUUACACUACACUCCCAGAGUUCAUUCACAUCCUAAUUUGACAGCUGCUAAAUCAGAAAGUCGCCUGAAGUCACGUCUCAGUGUUAGGAAAUCGGCUAAGAAAUUGAAAAAAGUGAAUACCAGUUCUGCUGUUGAAACAGACACAAGUUGCCGUUCUGAAAAAGAACAUCGUACAUCUUUAGAUUGGCAAUGGAAGAAUGGGCCAUGGAAGCGGAAGAAAUGUCUGAGUUCGUCUGAUACACCUGUUUACACUCCAGAUGUUGUGGCUGAUAACAGAUCAACUGAUAGUGUGUUUUGUUCUGAUAGUACAUCAUGCACAUCUGUGUUUGAUGAAGGUGUUGAUUUAUCUAGUAGUGUGUCUAGUUCUGAAUCCGAAUUUGUAAAAAUACCAAAGAGUGAAUAUGAAGAGAUUAAAAAUAGGGUAUCAGCUAUUGAGAAUAGAAUUUCACAAGAAUUUGGAUGCAUUGCUUCUAAUCCUAUUAAUAAUAUUGGAGAUAUUCCUUUAAUAGAUGAAAGUGAAGAAGAAACGAGCAGUGCCAAAAAAGUUCAGAGCGCUUAUGAAAAAACUCUGGAAGAGUCUGGAAAACUAGGGGAUCCCAUCUCAACAGACCAACUUGCCAAACGUCUUAGUAAAGAACUGAAAAUACGUCAUAGCCUUGAGAAUAAAAUUAUAAGAUCUCCGAGUGCUCGUAAAAUUGGAACUAUUAGGCGCAGAUCAAGAGAAAAUGCUAGAACAUCUUUGGAUAAAAUGAAUAAAAAUAACAGCCCAAAACAUGUAGUACGUCAUGCAUCCUUAAAACAAAAUCCUAGCCAGUUUGUUGGGCAAGAUCAAGUAUUUUAUGCCAAGAGUAAUUUGAGAAGAGGUAGGCCAAAUACUGUUUUUUCUGGUCUGCCUCAUCCAAGUCCAUUAAGAGUACCUGUUGUUAAUAAUGUAGAAACUCCAAAGAUGGAUUUUGUGUUUGGUCAAGAUUCUCGUCAAACUGAUGGACAGAGCUUAAUGGUAACUUCUGGUAAAGAAACUAGUAAUUCAAAUAUGUUGUGUACUGAAAGUGUUAAAUCGUCUCAUACUUUUGAAGAUAAUUCAAACAUAAAUACCGCAAACCGAUGUGAGGUUCGUCGUGCAUCAUCUUUCCAUGGAACUGAUUUGUUAAAUAGUAAUACAUGUGAUAUAAAAAAAUCAGUAAGCCAAGGAGAUGUUGCUUGUACAUCCUCAAAUUGUGGAAAACAAUUGCUUAAUAGUCAAAGUAAUUCUAACCAUUCAGAAUGGGAGAAUGGUCCACAGUUCUUUAGAAAGCAUGAUGUUCAAAAGGUACCUAUUUCUGGGCGAGAAUCAGUUGUAAAGAUAAGAAGUCAGAAUGCUGGCAUGGUACUAGCGCGAAUGCGGUUAUUUGAUAAAAAGGAAGAUCCUAACAGAACACCAUCAAGGGUCACCUAUUUACAUCCAGGAGGGGAAGAAAAGUUGGAGAAAACAUCAAUUGCUGUGGCACAAAAUAAUGCUCAGUCUUUGAGAAUAAAAUGCAUCCAAGACAAUUUCCUUGAAAAACUUAAUUCACAAUCUGUGCCAGGGGAACGGAGGCGAUCUGUUAGACUGAAUUCUGCUCCUGGUCAGUCAUUAGCUUUGAAGGGAAGUCCUAAGAAAAUAGGAUCUCCUAGAAAGAAAUACCAAAGUCAGAAAAGUCCAAAAAGUGAUAAUAAAAAGCAAAAACAUAAGUCAAGCAAGUCGCCUCAAAAAGAAAAAAGAAACACUAAUUCUGGAAAUGAAUGUAACAUUAAAAAAUGCAAUAGUUUAAGAGAAAAUUUGUAUCGCUCUCCACUUGCUUCUAAAAUAAAUUCAACUGCACCUCCAUCAAUUUUGAAUUGUGGAAAAGAGAACAUGAGUUCUACGAAGAACUUUGUCGUUUCACCAUUAAGUAAAGUUAAUAAUGAAAAUUAUGAUACCAAAACAGAAAUAAUACAGCAGAUUCAUUUGCCUGAGAAUUUGAAAGAAACUAUUUAUGACGUUUGUACACCUAGAAUAGAAAAAAUGAGCAAAAUGUCGAUGUCACCUUUGAAGGACUGUAACAGAAUUGAUGUUAAUGCAACUACACAGUUUGAAAGCAAUCGGCAAAACACUUACAAAACUCCUAGAACCUCCCCAUUUAUUAAAAAACCCUUGCUUGUGAAAUCGCCUACCGAAUUAAUUCGCACACCGUAUUGUCGCACUCCUGCACCAGUCUCUAACUCGCAUCGUGCAGCUACUCCAUUGAAAGCUUUGCCCAACUUGAACGCUUGCACUCCUGUUGUUAGCUAUAAGCAGUCAUCCUGUGUUCUUCGAGAGAAAUCUAAAAGAACCAUUCAGACAUAAUGUUUUUCUGUUAAAUAUCAAAGAAAUGUCUAAUACAAUUUUCUUUAACUUGAUAUAUUAAAAAAAUAAAUAAAUAAAUAAAAAAACUCAAUUGUGUUCAACAUUUACUAGUUGUAAAUUGAUCAUUGUACUUACUUUCUACUUUUGAUUUUAUUGAGGAAGAAAGAAAAGUGAUAAAGAGUGUUUCAAAAAAUGUGUAUUUUCUUUAAUCUAAUGUGAGUGAUAAAGUUUGCUUUUGUUACUUGUGAUUGAUUAUAUUAUGUAAGAAACAUGUACUUAAAAGUUUGAAGUAAGAAGACAAUGCCAAACAUUUAUAUUGUUAUAUGUUAAGUUAUAAUUUUAUUGCAAAAAAAAUGCAAAAGAGUACUUUUAAAUAUAAUUUGUAAAUGAGGUUUUUAAAAGAUUGUUUUUAAUUUUGGACUUAAAAAAAGAGAAAUAUGUAUAUAUUAUAAAAUGUGACAUUACAGUAAUUUUCAAGCUGCAUUUUUAUCAUAUAUAAUUGGAGUUCUUUUAUUCAAUAUUUGGGGUCCCUUUUUAAAUAUAAUAAGUUGUAAUGUAUAAAAAUGUAUGUGUAAGUUCACUAUAUUUUUAUAUGAAUUGUAUUGAGAUUGAAAUAAAAAAUAUUUUAUUUGAA